AUGGAGAAAUUUUCGUCCAUUUUCUUCCUCGUCUUCCUCCUCGUCUUCUCGGAAUCAGCAGUUCCAACUGCCGGCGAAUCACUGAUCAAGAGGAAUGCGAAGCCCUGCCAACGGUUGAUGCUCCACCUGCAUGACAUCUUCCAGGAAGGUAUUAACAACACCUUCCCAAAUGCAACGUCAGCUUCGGUAACGGAAGGUGUGCCUGGGUUCGGACCAUUCCUGUUUGGUAAGCUGUACGUUUUUGACAAUCCGGUGACUGGAGACGAGAACAUGAACUCUCCCCCCGCUGCCCGUGCCCGUGGUUUCUACCUUUAUGACCGCAAGGACACUCCCAACACUCUUUUCCUGAUCACCUUAAGCUUCAACUCAAGCGAGUACAAGGGUACGAUGACAAUGCUCGGAAACAAUGAGCACGGGGCAGAGACUAGGGAUAUUCCCAUCGUCGGUGGAACAGGAGAUUUCUUCAUGGCCAGAGGGAUCGCAACUCUAGAGACAGAAGUUCUCGAUUUUGUGAAGUCUUAUUUUCGAGUGAGGAUGGAUAUUAAGUUGUACGAAUGUUAUUAG